AUGCCGACCCCGAGGGAUCACCACACGCUACAACUAGCUGCUACACCGACCGCGGAGGACGCAUCGACGCGAACCACCUGUCCGCCAGAGACCGAUCGCUUUCUGAGCUGGAGAGAGCUCGAGGGCGAUGUCGGUAUCGGUGCGGCCGCCGAUGCUGCCGCCGCUGCUGCUGCUCAGGAGACUGCGCCCUCACCGACUGCCGCCCUGAGUGCAUCCGACGAUGGGGCUGCCCUUUCCCCCACGCAGUCCUUGGAGGGGAAGCCGGCCAAACCCGCUGCGACACCAGAUGAGGAGGCCGUGGCGAGGCGAGCGAGUCCCUCCAAUGAAUCCUCCCGUUCUCUAUCGCCGGCGAUCCCUGUCACGGCCCCUUCAACCGCAUCGCUGCUCAGCUAUGAGUUCUCAAAUCUUCGUCUGUUACCAAAUCAUACGUCGUCGUUCCUUCGAGCCGGUAGUAAGUUUGUCGGCACGCAGCAAUCCGACCAGCAAAUAUACAAUGUCAAUGUGGAUAUAAAACAUGUUGAUAUGACAGAGUCAUACCUCUGCGGCUAUCUGUGCAUACAAGGCCUGACUCAAGACCAUCCUACCCUGACCACCUUUUUCGAGGGCGAGAUGAUCGGCCCGAAAUACAACUUUCUUACACGCAAUGAAUCAUGGGGUGCUACGGAGAAGACGGAUAUGUUGCAUUGGGCUAGAUUCCCGGCAUGGAAGCCGUUGGUGAAACACGCCAAACGGCCGGAUUUCACCCAUCGCAACUUCGCCCAACGCGAUCAUAUCUUCAUGCGAUGGAAGGAAUACUUCCUCGUCCCUGAUCACCGCGUCAAGUCCAUCUCUGGCGCAAGCUUCGACGGCUUCUACUACAUAUGCUUCAAUCAAGUCGAGGGAACCGUCAGCGGCAUAUACUUUCAUUCACAGAGCGAGAAGUUCCAGCAACUCGAACUCAAGCAUGUGAAGGACUGUGGGUGCGCCCCAGCCAUGGAGUUCCGCUGA